GAGCUGCCAAGUUGAUGAGGUGACUGCUUCUCGUUUAUUAUCUCCCUUCCUUUUAAGACCGAUUGAGCAGAGGCCAUGUUAUUAGUAAAGUGUUACUCUCUCCAAUGGGAAAUUGCGUCGCUAAGACCCAUGCUUUGCCCAAUAAUUGCCCACCGCUUUUCCCUGAUGUGAAUAGUCACACUUGUUAUUCACACAAAAAAUUGUCAGCCCCUCGACCUUGCUCUGUAAUUUAUAGUCAUAGUAGCCAUAAUUUUGCAGUUAAGAAAACUGCGAUUCCAGAAAAAGUGAAUCGGCGCUCAUUUAAGCUCGCUCAUCUCCUCGCAAAAUCAUUUGUUGAGAAUGAUAAUUCUCCUAUGGUUAAGAAAAGUGCGAUUGCAGAACAAGUAUGUGUGGGAGGAUCAGUAAAUAAGCGCCCAUUCAAGCUCGCUAAACUGGCGGAGAAUUCGUUUAUUGAUAAUGAUAUUCCAAAGGAAUCGCCCAAUUUGUCUUCUAUUUUAAGUCUGAAUAGUAUUGAAAAAAGGAAUUGCAGUGCAAGGGUUGAGGAAGCUAAUGCGAAAUUUAAAGACUCUGAAUCCCCGCGCUCAUCAGGAUCAUUGAAACAUGCGAGGCUCAAAUUAAGUGCAGGCUUGUGCAUGCCGUACAGUUUAGCAGAAGAAGAUGACAUGGCCUUCGGCUCACCUAUGUCAGUUGAAAGAAGAGAAUGGUCAUCAUUUGAUGAAUUCAGUGACUCGAGUUCUGAUCUCUUCGAUAUAGAUUUUCGAAAACCCGAAAGCCUUGCUGCUGUUGCGUUUUCGGCGGACUAACAAAUUCGCGCUAAAUAAUUUCCAGGAGAAAUAACUAUACAAUUGUUUAGAACAAUUGUAGAUGGUUUCGCUUUUAUUUGCAAAUUUGUGAGAGGUUCUGGUGUUUGUUUGAUUACCUCGUGUAGAUCAUUGGAUACUGUUUUUCUCUGCUCGUGAAAAAUGUUUGUCUAUUUACGAUUUAAUGCUUUUGUCAAUCUGGUAAUUUAGAAUUUAGUUAAAGCAGUUAAGCGGCCUUUUGUAAAUAAUUUAUUGUCUCUAAGCGCUUCAGAACGGCUCUCCCGCUUCUGCUGUUUUUUAAUGGAAUAUAGAACGGUUCUCCCAUGCA